AUGCAAAUCGGACGCACGCGCACGUCGCAGCUCCACGUCAAGGGCGACCCCGCGGUGUCGCAGAAGCACGCGGUCAUCACGUGGGCGUACGACCAGUGGUGGAUCCAAGACGUCGGCAGCUCCAACGGAACCGCCAUCAACGGCGAGGAGCUCGAGCCCGACGAUUCGCCGACGGGGUUGAGAGACGGGGACGUGUUGACCAUCGGCACGGACACGACGGCGAAGGUGACGAUCGUGAAGGCCGCGGCGGCGGCGGAGGGACCCCGUAACGGCGGUGGCGCGGCGAAGAAGAGGAAGCCCGCGGCGAAGAAGGCCUCCGUCAAGGAGAAGGAGGACGCGGCGGCGGCGGCGGAGGAGGCGCCGAAGAAGGCGCCCGCGAAGAGGCGAGGCCGGCCGCCGAAGAAAAAGCCCGAGCCCGAGCCCGAGCCCGAGGUUGAGCCGGAGGAGUCGGCGGCGGCGGCGGCGGAGCCCGAGCCGGAGAAGCCGAGAACGACGAAGGCGAGGGCGAAGCCCGCGGCGAACAAGCCCGCGGCGCCGGAGCCGGAGAUCGUCGCGACGACCGAGGCGGCGGCGGCGGCGGAGGAGGAGGAGGAGGAGGAGGAGGACGAAGACGACGAGGACAACAAAGAAAACGCCCCCGCCGCGCCGCCGCUGGAGACGGUUGAGGAUUACGUCCGCGCGACGUGCGACGCGCUCGUGGACGACGUCAAGCGCGAGAUUUUCGCGGUCGUGAAGCGGUUGAAAGACGACGCGGAGGGAAUCAAGAGCGAGCUCAGAGGGUUAGUGGACGACCCGGAGGGUUUGGCGAGGGUCGCCGCGGAGGCGCCGCCGGCGGUCGAGGCGACCGCGUGA